AUGAGUUUGAAAGAUGUGGAAAAGUAUCUGGAAGAGCAGUUGAUGCAGCUGAAACUGAAUGGAUUAGCAGAGAUGAGGAAGACGGAGCGGAGAUUCCGAGAAGAGAAAGAAGAAAUGGAAGAGAAUCACCGGAAGGAAAUGAGCCGAUUGAGCCUGAAAGAGCUGGAAAAACAGUACGAGAUGAUGGAGUUUGAACGGAAAAUGAGGAUGACGAAGAGCAAUGAAGAGAUGGAAAUGGAAAGAAUUCGGGAGAAGCAGAAGAAGCAGGAAAAGGAGCUGCGGGCUGCGAAUCUGAGAGACCUUCAAGAUGCAGUAAGAGAAAGUGCGAGGAUGAGAAGAGAUGAGGACGGUGAAUUGUGCCGGAAUAUUACAAAUAUGAUGGGAAUGGAUGAGGCCAAUAACAAUCAAAAACAAGUGGCUCAGUUUGGAACACAGGUAUUGGGAGUGCAAACUAAAUGGACGGAGCUGAAGGAUUUCUAUGAAGAACAAGUGAGACCGCAGCUGGACGAAUACAAGGGAAACGAUAAAGAGGGCAUUUUGGCGAGUUGUAAAGCAAUAUUUUGACAUGCCAGUUUUAAAGUGUUUUAGGAAGACUUGGCGAACCUGGUAAAGAUGAAAGUGGCAUUGAAUAAGAACGUUCUGAGCGUCCAGUGUUCUUUGGGAAAAAUAAAAACUCUUGUUUCUGAUGACAGUUAUAAUGCACAAUCAGUGAGGAUUCGUUCGAUGGCAAUAAUAAUAUUUCUCUUUAGGACGCCUUGUCCGCUGUAGUCAAUCAAAGAUUUGAGGAUAAGGAACUCGUGAAUCUCAGGAGAAGCAUUGUGGGUUUGAAAGAGAGGGAAGGGUUCGGAAAUAGAAAAUUGCAGAAAAGUAGCGGGACGGCUUCUACUGAAAACGUGGAUGAUGCUAUCGGAAAGUUCAACGAAACAAUCAACGGACUGUCUGUGCAUCCUUUGCAACUCAAAAACUCAUUCGCUCAGCUGACCUAA